AGAAGAUCAGUGGCGUGCAACAUCGGGCAUGAACAUGCGCAAAUGCACGAUCGCUAGCAUGAAUUACGAGGAGUUCCUCGAGGAAUUUGUUCCGACGGCGGAGUCUCCCACCGAGAGUACUCAUUACAGACUGGAGGACGCUAUCAGCGAUGCGAAAACAUCGUGGCCACCCUUGAUCACAGGAAUCAGUAGAGUUUUGACGAAUCACCGCAUUAUGGACCCCUCCGCACAUGCUUCCGAAUCUGAAGUGGAUUUGUCCGCUCACCCGGGUGUCUAUGUUGACCUGCGAGAUUGCACGCAAUACAACGAGGCAGUGCCAGACUUGGUUGAAGACUACCUGGACUUCGACAUCUUCGAUAACUCUGUGGACCUUGGCGCCUUGACAUUGGAGGCCACCGACAAGGGCAGAGACGUGGCCAAACAAGUGAUGGCGUAUCUUGCAAAGAUGCACAAUCGUCAGCAUCGUCUCUUCUCGCUCUUCCUCUUCGUCAAUGCUGGCUACUUUCGCAUUAUCAGCAUGGAUCGGGGCGGUCUCAUCGUGUCUGACAAACGAAUCUGGGAUGAAAGCGAUCGGUUUUGGGACCUCGACGACCUUCUUCAUCGCUUCGACAACCUUUCUCCCGAAGAGCAGGGGUCGGACUCGACCGUGCGCCCGGUUCCGAAGGAGGACGCCAUCCUUGAAGCCCGCGCUCGCGCCGCCCUCGAAUCGUAUGUUCUUCCGUACAAACGGGAGUUGCCCGUCCUCGAGAUGAAGGUGCCUGUCGACUCAGGAGCAAAGUCUGGGUGGCGCUCCUUCUACGUCUGGGCUCCCGAACGCGAUGCGUACGGUAUCUGCACCCGUGCAACGCUGAGCUGUCCUGCAUGGUGCCCAAGAGAGGACAGGGUCUUCUUCCUGAAGGAUUCGUGGCGGCCUUUGUACGCGGAGCGCGAGGCCGACGUCAUUAGGCAGCUCAACGAGCACGGCGUACGCUGCGCGCCAGAACUUGUAUGCGGCGGUGAUCUCCCGGACCAGCAGACCAAAACGCAUGUGUACCUUGUCGACGGGCACAAGGUCGGUCCAGACAGAGAAUGUCGUCCACGCGUCCAUCACCGCCUAGUGGAGCACUUUUAUCGUCCGCUUUGGGAGUUCAGGGAUUCCAAGCAUCUCUUACAGAUCUUGGACAACGCGUGCACAUGUCAUCGGGACGCCGUCGAGAAGUGCCAUAAACUUCAUCGUGAUCUCAGCUUCCGCAAUAUCACGUGGGACGAUGAGAAGCAGGAAGGCGUUCUCGUCGACUGGGAUCGGUGUGCACAGACACCGACGCUGGCCGACAUGGACGAAGAUCCUCGUCUCGAUCCUCUAGCUGAACUUCCCAGGAAGUCAGACCGCCCUGAACGCACGGGAACGUGGCCAUUCAUUUCGACCCUGUCGCUGAAGACACCUGGGAAGCUGCACACCGUGCAGGACGAUCUAGAGUCCUUAUUCUGGGUCGCCCUCUACAUGAUUCUUCUAUACUUCCCUUGCGAAGAUAUCAACCUUGUCCACUUCAUCGACAAAAUCUUCUACGAGGUUGAAGUUCCAGGGUUCUUAGGGGACGAAAUGGCUAGAGGAGGUUCUCACAAAGGCUUAUUCCUCGAAGGCGUUGCAUACAAGGAAACUUACAACCUCCCGGUCAGCAUUUGUGAAGCGCUGGUCGUAUGGAUCGGGAUGUACCGCACUCUCAUCAAUGACUGGGUUCGACAUAGCGUCAAUGUCUCGUAUCUGCGCCGCAGGGUCGACCAGUUUGAGAAAGGGACGGUCCUUGACCUGCUGGGGCGAGCUGACGUUGUUCGCAAGUACCUCACUCAGGCCGAGCUCUCCCAGCCCGACCUCCGCAACUACGACACGCUCCAGAACAAGUGGAGGAAACUCAUGGAGAAAGGGGAAGAAUACGGGCUGUUCAAGGACAGCGAUCGCCUCACCGACGAGGAUCACCAGCAUUCGCCUGAACACGUUCUCAAGCUCUAUAGGACCACCGGUGUGGUCACGGAUAGACAGGCGGUGUUUGACCCGGUUGGCGCCAACCAGCAGGACACUGCGGCGCGCAGCCAGGGCAGUCCCGGACAGUUGGGCCAAGGGACUUGCAGGAAGCGCAAUAACGACGAGCGGCAAACAGCCAGCUCACGAGGCACAACGCUUCUGGGAUCUAGGCAGUCCGACAAUCGGAGCGAAGGCGAUACCGAGGACGAGUAUUCCUGCAAGCGACCUACGAAGCGCGCCCGGAAGUCCACUCAGAGCGGCGGCAGCAGCGAUUGAGCACCAGACUUUGUCAUGGCGGUUGCUAUAGAUUUACGAGCUACUCGGUGCACUCGACCACCUAUGUAGCCUCGUAUACGUAUACUUAGUACCGUGUUAUGCAUCAUUACCAUCCUUGGCAUGUAGUUGAUGUGUUGAUUCCAAG